GACUUAACCAACAACGCUCCAGUGCCAUUUUCUUUUGUAACUUAAAGAGAUGAUCACUGUGACCAGUUUAUAAACAAUGUUUCCUGUUUUUGAUAAUUCUAGUGAUUCAAAAUUUAAAAAGUAUCAAGAUGCAAUUAAGAAGUCAUUAGCUCUUUUCCGAACUGUCGAACAGUGGCCCGAUUACAUAUCCUUUCUUACAAAAUUACACAAAGUAUUACAAGGAAACACUGAAUUUCAUACUGUUCCCUGUAACACACUAGUUUCUAGAGCGUUAGCGGAGUGUCUUUCUCCGGGUUUACCCUCUGGUGUCCAUAAAAAGUCUUUAGAAGUUUAUGAUUUUAUAUUUAGUUCAUUGUCAUCAGACCGACUUGCGGAUGAACUUGACGUUUGGAUCUACGGCCUCACUCCGUUCUUUGCAAUCUCCUCCAUAAAGACAAAGCCGGAUUACCUGAACAUUGUUUGUAAGCAUUUGCUUCCUUUGGGACCACGUUUGCGAAAUUGCUUCCAAGCUGUAUUCAUUUCCUUACUUCCGGGUUUAGAGGAAGAAGGCGCGGAGUCUCUGCAAGAAAUCCUUACGAUAUUAAGAAGUUUAUGCAAUUCUUUUGAGGACGACUGUUUCGUUUGGAGCUGUACAUGGAAUACUGUCUUAAAUUACCCGGAACAGAGAUUAGGUGCUCAUAUUUAUAUUGAAGCUGCUCUGUCUGGAGCACAGCCAAAUGACUGGAGGGACACAAUUUCAAAACCAGACCCAGGGCUUAUGGUACGAGCUAUUGCGGCAGCUGUUGGCGAUAGUGUGAGUCUCGUUCAACGCGGCUACUUGGACACGCUACUGAAUCAUUUACCAGUGUACAGUGAAAUCUUUAAUGAGGUUACACAAACUGAUCUUCUGUUACUUCAUACUUCAGUUGCUUCUGUGGUUCUGAGGAACGAUUUGUCUCUUACUCGCCGUUAUUAUAGCUGGUUAACCGGCGCAACUCAAAAAUCAGAGUAUGUGCGCGAUGAAAAUAAGCUAAGGGAAUGUUUGGAAAAGAGCAUGAAAUGCCAAAUUAAAGGUCUUAUUGACCUUUUUCAAAACCAUUCCUCUAUUGCAUCUCAAUACAAAGCACUCUCUCUUCUAUUGGCACUUUCUGAAAGGGAGGAUUUAUUUCGAUAUGUUGAGGAACAAUUGGUUUCCGAGACUUUUUCUUGUUUAACUAGAUUAGCUUACAGCAAGAAGCCGGUUGAAUCUAAAGUUGUUCACGACGCGGCUUUUGAAUACGGCUUUCGUGUUAUUUCAAGAAUAAGUGAUGCCUGUCUGCUUAACUUCACGCGUUCACUUCUUCUUUCUUAUGGAAAAUUUAGCACGGAAACAUUCAUGACGCUGGUUUUUAUUGUUAAACACAGAAAGUCUUUCUUUCGUGCUAACUAUCUGCAACUUGAUUUCUUGUUGACCUACUCUCUUUUAGACCACAUUUCGACUGAACUGUCAUCUUCAGAAGAUUUAGAGUCAUUAUUGCGUUGUUGUCAAUUACUGAAAACUGCUGUUGAAAAUAUUGAUUGGAAGAGCUUUAAUGAUCAUGCCAAUUUUUCUGCCGUCAAAGAAAGCUUUUAUGACCCGGACGCUAUUUUUGCUAAUUGUUUCACGCCAAAAAAGACUGCUAGCAUCCAGCGAGUUUCUGAGGAGUGCAGUGUUCUGGUCAAUCCUUGCAUAGAUAUCAUUUUUCGAGUUAUCCAGGAUUCGGCGUUAAAGGAUAAUAUGCAAGCUAUCAUGUUGGAAGUUUUAUUUCUUAUAUUUAACACCUUAAAUCUCGAUACUUACAAUGAGAAGCUCUCGAGAUUCAUGGAAACAAUGCUGAAAAAUAAUCUUCUUAAUUACGCUGCAUACAAUGUCCUUAUUCGCCAAGCUCAACCUGCGUUUUUGCAGAUGUCCAAAAAGCUUCUUUCAAGUAUAAUGGAAAAAUUAUGGAAAACAUCUGCUAAGAUUACUACAUAUGAAGAAGAAAACUUCGUAUCUCUUAUCUGGUGUUUGCAGGAUAAAUUGAAGGAUUCGCAAUUGGAAUCAUUUUUCUCGUUAAAGCUUGCACGAGAUAUUCAACUUGACCAAUACGAUUCCGUUGUACUUCUUCAUCCUUUUACAAAAAUUUUAAAAAUAUGUGCUGAUGAUAAGCAUUUUCACGCUGUCUUUGACAGACCUCUUCUUUUGUUAAUUGAUAUACUCGAAAACAGUGCAUACGAGCAAGCGAGUCUACUCAUGGGUCUUUUUGAGACAUCUAAUUCUCUUCAAACAAGGUUUAUGGAAAUAAUAUUUUAUAAUGUCUCCAGCCUUUCAGUGUCUUUCAGUAGAAAGUCAGACGGAGGCGGUAAUGUACCAUCCUUUGAAAUCAACGAGUUUAAGCGUGACUCUGAGUCUUCUCUUUGCGUUUAUUAUUUCAAGCUUUCCGAGAAGUUUUUAUCCUUACAAAAUCGGUUUGCGAAGGAAUUCAAACAAAUUGAAGCCAACAAUAUACACAACUUUCUGGCUCUUUCUUGGUCCGAUCUUUUAUCUUCCUUGGCUGAAAGCGUAAAUUGUCCCAAACUUGUUUCCUUCCUUACUAGAGUCUGCAUUGACAUAUUGCGACAACAUCAGCAAUUCUUAAACGAAAAGAACCGCAUUAAUUUAUGUAAGACAAUUCUCGACUUUUUAAGAACUUUGUUAAAUCUUAUUACGCUGCCAACCUUUAUUGAGGAGGAACUUCUGCUUUUACUGUUAGACAGCAUUCAGGAUACUCCAACUAUUGACGAGAAUUUCGAUAAAAUGUUAGUCUUUAAGUACCUUACGGUAAUUGAAUUAUUACAGGAAAGAGUUUCACCGAAGACUUUCUUAAAGGAGCAACACAUGAAUACAUUAAUAGCUUCUAUAAAUUAUGGUCUCAAUUAUCAGGAUAUCCACAUCUGCUCAAAAUGGAUAGAGAUUGUCCACGGCUUUCUCGAUAUCAUUAUAAGAAACAGUCCAAUGCUUGUUCUUUCUCCUAUCAAUUCAUUAUGUUCUCAGCUACAUUUACUUUCUCGAUCAUUAAAAUCUUUUGAUCGUAAGGAAAUGGCAUCUCAUAUUGAAUUAUGUUCGAAGGAUUUGCUUUACAAGAAGUUGGAUCUUCUCUAUGAAAUGAUUUCUCGAGCUUUGGUGCAGCUUCGCCCUUCGUCGUAUACCAAGAAGUUUCUUCACGAUAAUGUUGGUAUCCUAGGAAAUGUUAUUUCGGGUGUCUUUUCAUCUGACGUUACCGAUGGCUCAAACAUAGAUCGCAGAAUGUCAAUGCUCGUUUGUUUUCAGGCUGUAAUCAAAGCAGUGUUUAACUUGUUCCUCUGUGCGUAUGAACCAAGUGAGGCAUUUCGUCGAUCAUUUCACUUUUCGUCAGCUUUCAACGAAGAAUUGAAAAGGAAUUUGUCGCAUACUUUUAAGAAGCUGUAUCAUUGCGAACCGUCUGAGUGUUUAGAGACAAUAAUUGAGCUAUAUAUUCAAGACAACAAGGGAAAGGACUCGGUUUAUUGGCGAAUUCUUUCCAUUUUUGGAGAGCCAAAAUACAGCGAUCUGUUCAAGCUGUUCUCUGCAUCUUUUACUGCGCACGAUUCUCCUUCUACUUACUCGGGUCCCGCAAGUCUAACCUUAAACAUAUCCCCACUUGAAAUCUUACACUGUCUCUCAACUUUCAUUUCGAAUAUGCAACCCGAAAUCGCAACACAAGUCCUUUUUGAUAUAACUCGUCUCGUUCGUGAAAUAAGCAACAACCCAGCAGCUUAUAGAAACUAUUUGCUGGUUUCAUUAGAGAUCUUAUUUCACAUGAGCCAACAUCUUUCAGUUCAUGGUGAUUCGCGUCAACAGAAAGAGUUCACUGAUCUUUGGGGACGGACGUUGAACGUUUGCCUACUUCAAGUGAACAAGCAAGGAGACGUGAGACUAAAUGCAGAGGAGUAUAAGCGUGCAAAGACUCGGCCUCUUAGUGACAACGAGUCACCAUUUGUGAGGGAUGCUGUUUUUCUUUCUUCAACUUUCUUUGACGCCUCGCUUCUUGAUUUCUUAACAAACAACAUUCUCCCACAAUUGACCGUGCUUUCCAGUAAUGAAGAUCGUUUGGUUGUUUGGAUUACAUCCAUCAUAAAUGCCUAUCUUACACCUGUGUUGAAAACAAGAUCUUUCCCCGCUAAUUUUACCGACAUGCAUUUAGAAUUCCUCAACAAAUUAACAGCUUACCCUGGACUAUCGAAAUCUUGGAAGAAAGAAUUCUGGGAUAUAUUCUAUGAUAAUGCAAUCUUCCAACUUCCCAUUGCUCAGUUGGAAGGAUUGGCGCCAACCAUUCACUUAGCUUUCUCUCAAGAAAUCAAUCGCUUGUCUGAUUUAAUUUUGAAAUCUGAUUUAGGUACUGUUACGAUUUUUACUUCAAAGGAUUCACAACUGGGUGCUCGUCAAAGUAACAUUUGUCGAAUGAGUUUAUUAGUACUGGCUUGUCCUAAAGAUUUCUUCUUGCCUAACUUAUCGCCAGUCAUCGACUUGGUAAAGAGAUUGCUUCAAUCGGAUCCGGAAGGUGUUUUACGGAAAGAUGUUUUCCUGUUUAUCCAUGCACUUGCUUUAAAGAUUUCGUCUCAACAAUUACUGCCUUUGUGGUCCAUUAUUGUCAGCGAGAUAUAUAUCGUUUUUCAAUUAUACUUAUCAACUGACAACCGGGCUUUUGAGAACACUUUAUUAGAUACUUGCAAGCUCUUGGACUUCUUGACGGUGUUAAGUCCUGAAGAAUUCGCACUCCACGAAUGGGUUUAUAUGGGAAAUCCAUUGGAUGCUGUCUAUUGGAAUAGGAAGGCGUCUGCGAAAUCGUUACUGCAACAAGUGGCCGAAAAACUUAAGCUUUCAGAGAAACCCAAUGACCUUUCUUCGGUGAAGACACUUUCUUAUACUUUAUUUUCAAAACGCCAUCUUUCUCUUGACAUUCCCUCAUUCGAUGUUGAUCAAGUCCAACAUUUCCUUACAAAAUUACCUAUUGAUGUUUACGAACAAGGCUAUUCGUUAACACAACCUGACUUAAAUCUUCUUGAACACUCUAUCUAUUCAGCCAUUCUAGCCCGUUUUUCACCAUAGUUGUAAUCUACAUCAAUAAUGAAUUUACACUCUUUUCAUUCACAGAACAGCGCCAAAAAGAAUCACUAGAUAUAGUAUAUGUCGCAACUACUUUUCACCUCCCUG